CCGAGCCCGACGUUGCUUAACUUCAGUGAUCGGACGAGAACUGGUGCUUUCAACGUGGUAUGGCCGUAUACAUUAUAUAGGAAUUUUUCUGCCAGUUCUUUCUCGCAAAUCAAGGGGAAAUACCAGCAAAAAGGAAAAUUGCAGGUUAAACUCCAGGAUUACAUUGGAUUUAUAGUGAUCGAAAUGAAACACAGGAAAUACCAGCAAAAAGGAGUCUACAGCACUCGGUGUUCCCAGGCGGUCACCCAUCCAAGUACUAACCGAGCCCGACGUUGCUUAACUUCAGUGAUCGGACGAGAACUGGUGCUUUCAACGUGGUAUGGCCGUAGA